UAUGCUCUAGCAACAAGAAACAAAAUAAAAAUGUUAAAAUAUAGAUGAGAACCUCUUAUUUAUUUGGAACCUAAUCAUAAUUUCAAUAAAGUUAAAGUAAAUAUAGCUAAAAAUUAACUAAAACAGAUUCACUGCCAACUAAAGGGGAACAUGCUAAAGUAACAAUAAUCAUUGAUAAUAUAUUAGAAAAUAUUGCAAAAUUGGAACUAUAAAGAUCUUGCUGUGGUCUACACUAUUGCUUUCAAAUUACAAAAGGAACAUAAAAGAAUGAAUAUAGUUAAGUUAAGGAAUUAACUGCUUAGGAGAGAUUAGAGAGAUUUAAGAAACAUUGA